CUUUUCUUGCACCCUCUGCUAAGCAUCUUUUUUUUUUCACUUUUAUGCUGUUACUCACUCUCAUUCUUUACCUUCUUGGUUGAAAAUUGCCCUAGGUUUUCUUGUUUUGCUGUUUUCAUCUCCCCUAUUUUCCUUCACUUCUUCAGCUGAAAAUGUGUUGAUUCUUGAUGGGUUUUGUCCAUCUGCCAUUGUUUGUUUAAUCAGAAAGUUGAAUUGCUUUCUUCUAUUGAACUUUCAUUUUCGUUUUCUCGGUUGGGUCUCUUCACAUCCUCUGAUUUGAGUAAUUCUGUUCCAAUUGGGUUUCUGAUUCCAUGGGAAUUUGUCAUGGAAAACCCACUGAAAACCCACAAAGAAAAUCUGAAAACCCAAUAAUUCCCAGCGAGAACGAGCCGGGUUUGAAUCCACAAGCUAGGAAAUCAUCAAAUUUCCCCUUUUACAGCCCUAGUCCAUUGCACAGUGCAUUCAAGAACUCACCUGCCAAUUCCAGUGUGAGUUCAACCCCUCUGCGCAAAUUCAAGCUCCCAUUUCCUCCGCCUUCGCCGGCAAAGCACAUUCGGGCAUUGCUUGCUCGAAGGCACGGUUCGGUUAAGCCAAAUGAGGCCUCAAUACCAGAAGGGAAUGAGAUUGAAUUGGGGUUGGACAAGAAUUUUGGGUUUUCAAAGCAGUUCAUGAUCUAUUAUGAGCUAGGUGAAGAGGUGGGGCGCGGGCAUUUUGGUUAUACUUGCUCUGCCAAGGCAAAGAAAGGGAGCUUAAAAGGACAGGAUGUGGCAGUCAAGCUUAUCCAGAAAUCGAAGAUGACUACAACAAUAGCCAUUGAGGAUGUGCGAAGAGAAGUGAAAAUAUUACGGGCUCUAGUAGGGCAUAAGAACCUAGUGCAAUUCUAUGAUGCCUAUGAGGAUGACGACAAUGUUUAUGUAGUAAUGGAGUUAUGCAAAGGAGGUGAAUUAUUGGAUAGAAUACUUUCUAGAGGUGGAAAAUACUCGGAAGAAGAUGCAAAGGCUGUCAUGGUACAGAUUUUGAGUGUGGUUGCCUACUGUCAUCUCCAAGGUGUAGUUCACCGUGACCUCAAGCCUGAGAAUUUUCUCUUCAUGUCCAAAGAUGAUAAUUCCCCACUAAAGGCCAUUGACUUCGGACUCUCUGAUUAUGUAAAGCCAGAUGAAAAGCUGAACGAUAUUGUAGGAAGUGCAUAUUACGUAGCUCCUGAAGUUCUGCACAGAUCUUAUGGAACCGAAGCGGACAUGUGGAGUAUAGGCGUAAUUGCUUAUAUUCUUCUAUGUGGAAGCCGACCAUUUUGGGCCCGCUCAGAAUCGGGCAUCUUUCGAGCGGUCCUUAAAGCGGACCCGAGCUUUGAUGAAGACCCUUGGCCUUCUUUGUCAUCCGAUGCAAUAGACUUUGUAAAGAGAUUGUUGAACAAGGAUUACCGGAAGAGGCUAACCGCUGCCCAGGCUCUUAGUCAUCCCUGGUUGGCGAAUUAUCCCGAUGUCAAGAUUCCGUUGGACAUGAUAAUGUAUAAGCUUGUAAAAUCUUACAUAUGUUCGUCUCCUCUAAGAAAAUCGGCUUUGGGGGCCCUUGCUAAGACACUGGCAGUACCUGAGUUAGCUUAUCUCCGGGAACAAUUUACACUAUUAGGGCCAAACAAGAGCGGGUUCAUCUAUAUGCAAAACUAUAAAACGGCUGUGACAAAGAACUCCACUGACGCCAUUAAGGAUUCAAGGGUGAUAGAUUAUGCAAAUAAUGUGAGUAUGCUGCAAUACAGAAAAUUGAAUUUUGAAGAGUUUUGUGCCGCAUCCAUCAGCGUGCUUCAGCUAGAAGCAAUGGAAAGCUGGGAGCAACAUUCACGUUGUGCCUAUGAGCUUUUUGACAAGGAUGGGAAUAGACCUAUUAUGAUAGAGGAACUAGCCUCGGAACUUGGACUUGGCCCAUCAGUACCGGUUCAUGUAGUUCUCCAAGACUGGAUAAGACAGUCAGAUGGGAAACUUAGCUUCCUCGGGUUUGUCAGACUACUGCACGGAGUUUCUUCUCGUGCAUUCCAGAAAGCUUGAAAAAAGGCCCCCGCUAUACAAAUGCAUAUCCUGAAAUCCUUCUUGUCCGAGAACUUUAAUCUGUCAGUGGAGGACAAAAUGCCAGCCAAUUUGAGAGGUACCCGGAGCAAGAAAACAGUUGCUUUUUAACCGUGCAAAGGAUCGCUGCAAGUAGAAAAUAUAGUUGAAGGAGCUGCAUGAGUGGCAGCCAUAACCAUUCGCAGCAUGUUCUCAUGUCAGUAUGUUCUGUUCAAUCUUCUUCUUUUUUUCUUGUUUUUUAAUAAUUUAUUUUAAAUGUUUGGUGAAAUUGAAAUUUAGAGGAUUGUACAGAUGAGGGUUGAUCACAAAAACUGUGUAUCUAUGGUUAAAGAAUAGCAUAUAUAUAUAUAACUGGAGUUUUUGUGGUCUUGGGUUUGGAGUA